GCGGCCAGGCUGAGAGGAACAAGAGGAGAGGAGAAGGAGGAAGCAGCAGUGCUGAAGGGAGAGAAAGCAGUGGGCGCUAUUCCUCGACUUCCUCGGGACCUGUUGCUUGGGAACAGAAGUAGUAGUAGUAGACGAGUUUAAAGGGCUUUGGGUCCAAAGCCUGAGGGCUGUCUCUUUCGCACUUUUGUGGAGCCCACAGGCGCCGACGACAGUCCGCUCAUGGGCUGAAGGAGGGCCGGCCUGGGAGCCGUUUGAAGCGCGCGCCCCGCUCAAAAGGGGAUUGAGGAGAAGGAGGCGGCAAGAGGCGCGCGCGCCGUACUCUUGAACGUCUUCUUUCCCUGGAGGCAAAGGGAGCGCGAGGAGGAAGAGGCACGCGCGUGAGAGAGAGGAGGAGGAGCGCGCUCCCUGCUUCUUUCCUCGGAGGAGGCACGAGACUCCCCUCCACUCCCGAGGGGCGUCCCUUCUGGCGCCCCUUCUGACCCUAUGAGGGCGCCUCGGGCUUGCCAAGGACGCCGCACCCGCAGCUCGCCCCUCCGCCCGCGGCUACGGCCCCGCUGCUGCUGCCGUCGGGCGGGCGCCCCCGUUGCCCUCUCUCCUCCUCCUCCUCCUCGGAAGCCCCCUCCCCGCCUCCCGAAGUGGCUUCUCCGGGCUGCAACAACUGCAGCAGCAGAGGCGGAGGGGAGGCUUGCUGCAGCGGCUCCCCCUCCACUUCUCCCUCUUCUUCGGACGGGCCGCUAGAUCCAGACCCUGCUCGGCUAGACGUUGCGGGCGAGGUGGCUCCUCCUCCUCCGCCGCCUCCUCCUCCUCCUCCUCCGCGGAGCCCUAAAGCCGCCCGCUGCCGGAGGAUGGUGCGCCUGGCGGCCGAGCUGCUGCUCCUCCUGGGGCUCCUCCUGCUCACGCUCCACAUCACCGUCCUCCGCAGCAGCGCCGCCGAAGAGCAGGAGAAGGGGGCGGCGGCGGGGAAUCGGAGCCAGCGCCUCCUCCAGCAGCAGCAGCAGCAGGACAUCCUCCAAACAGAUGGCCUUUCACCUCCUGAAGCCACCUUGACACUAAACCCAGAGGACCGUCAAGGUUAUCCUGACCACCAAGGAGUACACAGAUCAUUUGCCAAACAGAGAUACAGGCAGGCAAAUGGGCAUACGUCUUUGCAAAGAGAUGGACCCAGAUCUUUCCUUCUGGAUUUGCCAAAUUUUCCUGACCUCUCAAAAGCAGAUAUCAAUGGGCAAAAUCCUAACAUUCAGGUGACCAUAGAAGUGGUUGAUGAAACAGACUCUGAAUCUGAGAAAGAUCUUCAAAAGGAAAGCAGCAAGCCCAGCUGGCCUGUCGCAUCACCAGACUGGAGGACGUGGUGGCAGAGAUCGGCACCCACAAUCACCCGCAUGAGUAGUGGUGACCAGGAUUACAAGUAUGAUAGCACAACCGAAGACAGCAACUUCUUAAAUCCUCUUAGCAGCGCAUGGGAUAGGCAUGCCCCUAGUCACCGGACGUUUGAAUCAAAGGAACAGCCAGAAUAUGAUUACAUAGAUGGUGAGGGUGAUUGGAGCCCUUGGUCAAUUUGUAGUAUCACAUGUGGAAGUGGGAAUCAGAAGCGCACUAGAACCUGUGGAUACGCCUGCACAGCCACUGAAUCAAGAACAUGUGACAGGCCAAACUGCCCAGGGAUUGAAGACACCUUCAGGACAGCUGCCACAGAAGUGAGUUUGCUUGCAGGGAGCGAGGAAUUCAACGCUACGAAGCUCUUUGAAGUCGACACUGACAGCUGUGAAAGGUGGAUGAGCUGCAAAAGUGAAUUCUUGAAGAAGUAUAUGCACAAAGUGAUCAAUGACCUUCCUGCGUGUCCUUGCGCAUACCCCACUGAAGUGGCCUACAGCACUGCAGAUAUCUAUGACCGGCUGAAGCGGAAGAACUUUCGUUGGAAAGACGCAAGUGGGCCAAAGGAGAAACUGGAAAUCUACAAGCCUACUGCUCGCUACUGUAUCCGGUCUAUGCUGUCCUUGGAGAGCACCACGCUGGCAGCACAACACUGCUGCUACGAUGAUAGCAUGCAACUGAUUACAAGGGGCAAAGGAGCGGGCACACCCAACCUGAUCAGCAUUGAAUUCUCAGCAGAACUCCAUUACAAAGUAGACAUUUUGCCCUGGAUCAUCUGCAAAGGGGACUGGAGCAGAUACAAUGAAGCUCGUCCGCCUAACAAUGGCCAGAAGUGUACAGAGAAUCCUUCAGAAGAGGACUAUUACAAACAGUUUCAGGAAGCAAGGGAGUAUUGAAGGGGCAAAGUAAAGGAAUUGUCCUGUGUCAAAGCCUACAGAACAUAGGCAAUUGACUGACAGAAUACCAAAUCCAAUAAACUCUUGCCAAAAGGAGUAAACUUCUUCCCCUUUCCCACUUAUUCUGUAUAGCUGUAUAGUAUACUCAUUUUUUCAAAAAUGUGUGUUAUUUAUAUAUACAUAUACAAACAUUACAAACAGAUAUGAAAUUAUCUUGGAAGACAUUUAUAUGAUGGUUUUCAUCCCACAGCAUGGUUUUAUCUUUAAAGAUCAUAUUCAAUGAAGAAUUUCAUUAUAGUCUUCAGUUGUGGGCAGUUGCUAAAUCUGUUGAAUUUUGUGUGGCGAGUCCAAUUUCUGGUGGCUAAAAAUUAGACCUCAAUGAUUCAUAUCGUCUGGUGCAAACCUGCUCAUUUAGAAGGGACAUUUCCUACUGGAAACAAUACCUUGUUGGAUUACCAACUAAAAUUAUUAUGUGGUUUUAAGACUGCAUCUAGUGGUAUUUUUUGCUGAGGAGCAAAAACAAACUCCAUAGCAGCAUGAACAAAAAUGGAGUAUGAGGACUAAAUUGUGCCUCUUAAGAAGUCAGAUUUCAGCUUGUAUCAAAAGGUCCAUGUUUUGUGAUUGAUGUCAAUGAGUUAAAAACAAUGCUAACAAUAUCCUAUAAUUGCAUAAAGUGUGUUAUUCUGGAGAAUCUCCUGGAUAGUCUGGUUCACUCAAAGCCAAGGAAAUGAGAGAGAGAAGUAGGAAGCCAUUUCUGCCAUGACUUAUUUAAUAAAAAUACAAUUGCUAAGCAUAA